AUGCUGACCGCCGUGUCCAAGUUCCGCAACAAAUCCGGUCUCGCCAGCACCACCCGUGUUAUGCCCUUCUUCCUCUCUACCUCCGCCACCGCCACCGCCACUCCGCUCUGCCCUCCUCCGUCCCCAUACCCUAGCCCCCACUUCCGCCUCCCUUCCCCGCCCCGCCGCGGCCUCGCCUUCCUCGCCGCCUCUGCGCCGCAGCGGGACCUGUUCCCCACGCCCAGGCAGGCCAUGGCGUCGCUGGCGACGUCGACGGCGGCCGCCGCCGCCGCGGAGGUGACGCACCUCUCGCAGCGCGACGCUGCGGAUAUCGACGAGCAGCUCAUGGGGCCCCUCGGUUUCAGCGUCGACCAGCUCAUGGAGCUCGCCGGGCUAAGCGUCGCUACUGCCGUUGCGGAGGUUUAUAAGUUGAGUGAACACACAAGGGUUCUUAUCAUCUGUGGUCCGGGAAAUAAUGGUGGUGAUGGUCUGGUUGCUGCUCGGCAUCUUUAUCAUUUUGGAUACAAGCCCUUUGUUUGUUAUCCAAAACGUACAGCAAAACCUCUGUAUUCUGGCCUUGUUACUCAGCUUGAAUCGCUGGCUAUCCCGUUUGUGCCUGUUGAAGACCUACCUCAGGAUUUAUCAGGGCAGUACGACAUUGUUAUUGAUGCGAUGUUUGGUUUCUCAUUUCAUGGAACACCCCGUCCACCCUUUGAUGAUCUUAUCCAAAUGCUUGUUUCAUUGAGUGUUGUUGGUGAUUCAGCGAAAAGACCGCCAAUUGUUUCUGUCGAUAUCCCUUCUGGGUGGCAUGUAGAGGAGGGAGAUGUCAGUGGAGGAGGAAUUAAGCCUGAUAUGCUGGUAUCAUUGACCGCACCAAAGCUCUGUGCCAAAAAAUUUACUGGACCCCACCAUUUCCUAGGGGGUAGGUUUGUUCCGCCUCCCAUUUCAAGCAAAUAUGGGCUUGAACUUCCUCCAUAUCCUGGAACCUCUAUGUGUGUGAGAAUUGGAAAAGUGCCGUCAGUUGACAUUUCAUCUCUCAGGGAGAAUUAUAUUUCCCCGGAACUUCUUGAGAAUCAAGUGAUGCCUAAUCCGUUUGACCAGUUUCGUACUUGGUUUGAUGAAGCAGUUACUGCUGGCCUGCGCGAACCUAAUGCCAUGGCUUUAACAACUGUCAAUAAAGCGGGAAAGCCUUCUUCAAGAAUGGUUCUUUUAAAAGGCGUUGAUAAGCAGGGAUUCGUUUGGUACACAAAUUACGGUAGCCAAAAAGCGCAUGAUUUAUCGGAAAAUUCAAAUGCGGCACUUCUUUUCUACUGGAAUGAGAUGAACCGACAGGUUAGAGUAGAAGGGUCAGUUCAGAAGGUCUCAGAAGAAGAAUCUGAGAAGUAUUUCCACAGCCGCCCACGUGGAAGUCAGCUUGGUGCAAUUGUUAGCAAGCAGAGCACUGUCAUUUCUGGAAGAGAAGUUCUCCAACAAGCGUACAAGGAAUUGGAGCAAAAAUAUUCUGACGGUAGCUUCAUCCCAAAACCUGAUUACUGGGGUGGCUACAGAUUGACACCAAAUCUUUUUGAGUUCUGGCAAGGCCAACAGUCUCGUCUGCAUGACCGGCUACAGUAUUCACAGCGAGAAAUAGGUGGGGGUACAGAAUGGCACAUCCAAAGCGGGCCCAAACUCGCGAGGCAGGCUGUGAAGAUUGCUGUUAUGUUGCUCGUUUGUUUGACGGCUGGCGCUACUCCGAAUUCACACGGGCCAUCGGUCCAGGAUGUGCAACCCUUAUGUUCCAUGGUUUCCAGCCUGUAA